AAAUGUUUAUACUUCAUUUACCCAUUCCACUGCUGUCUUUACUAAAUGGAUCAACAUUAAGGAUACUUACAAUUACAAUGGUCUACUUAAUGAAUGUAUUUGGAUCACCGUUAUCACAACAAUCGCCAGUGUUUUCAGAAUAUUUGACAUCAGCAGGAGAUAUCAACAAUAGCGAUGAUAUAUUGCAAGAAUCAAAGGCAGGAAAUUUAGUUAUGGAUAACUUCUCAUCGCAAGGAGGUAGUGAACCAUUUGCUGACUAUUCAACAUAUAAUAUGCAAACUCACAAUACAAUACAAGAUGAUUAUACUUCGCCCACAUUAUCAGAUUAUCAACUAAAUUUAUUAACGUUAUAUUUAACACAAGUAUUGACAGAAUCAUGGCGUGAUAAUGAGUUACCAUUACUAUAUAUUGAAGAAUUUCCGUCAUCAUCGUCGUCAGUAGCAGCAUUAUCGACAACAAUCAAAGAACAUCAUCCCCAAUUACAACCACAUCAUCAACAUGCAAAUCAUUUGGAUUUAUUAGAUGAUGAUAGUUUUGUUGAGAAUACAGCAAAACGUACACGAUACUAUCGUAAAUACCCCUGGAAAAGACAGAAUUCACGUGCACGAAUGUACAAUGCAGAGAACAAGUAUAUGUGUCAACCAAGUCGGGAGGAUGUAUACCAAUUGUUACUUGCAUUACAUGAAUCACGAUCAGGAAAUCGUAAUCGUACUGUGAACUUUUGCAAUAGACGUCGUCCUGCAGCAGCAAUAUAUACCAAUAUACGUUUUCUAGGACGUCGUAGAAAAUAAAGCUCAAUAAUAACUACAUAAAAUAAAACAAACCAUUGUUUAUUUUAAA